GUGCUACAAAAUGAUGUUUUAGCUCAUCAGUCUACAGUGGAAGCAGUUAAGAAAGCAGGAAAUGACCUGAUUGAAUCAAGUGCUGUUGAAGAAGCAAGUAAUUUACGGAGCAAGCUGGAACUUCUGAAUCAGCGCUGGCAAAACGUGCUGGAAAAAACAGAACAAAGGAAACAGCAGCUGGACAGUGCCUUGAUCCAGGCCCAAGGUUUCCAUGGUGAAGUUGAAGAUAUGCAGCAAUGGCUGACAGACACUGAACGUCAGCUGUUGGCAUCAAAACCUGUUGGAGGCUUACCAGAAACAGCAAGAGAGCAGCUUAAUACCCAUAUGGAACUUUGUGCUGUCUUUGAAGCCAAAGAAGAGACAUAUAAGUGUCUAAUGCAGAAAGGCCAGCAGAUGCUUGCAAGAUGCCCAGAGUCUGCUGAAACAAAUGUUGAGCAGGACAUAAAUAACUUGAAAGAAAAAUGGGAAUCAGUACAAACAAAGCUCAGUGAGAGAAAGACCAAACUGGAAGAAGCCCUCAAUUUAGCAAUGGAGUUCCACAACUCACUUCAAGAUUUCAUCAAUUGGCUUACUCAGGCUGAGCAAACUCUAACUGCAGCUUCUCGGCCAAGUCUUAUCUUGGACACUGUCUUGUUUCAAAUUGAUGAACACAAGGUUUUUGCCACAGAAGUGAAUUCUCAUCGAGAUCAGAUCGUAGAGCUGGACAAAACUGGAACCCAUUUGAAAUAUUUCAGCCAGAAACAGGAUGUUGUCCUUAUUAAGAAUCUGCUGAUUAGUGUACAGAGUCGAUGGGAAAAAGUAGUUCAACGCUUAGUUGAAAGGGGAAGAGCUUUGGAUGAUGCAAGGAAAAGAGCCAAACAGUUCCAUGAAGCCUGGCACAAACUUAUGGAAUGGCUAGAAGAGUCAGAGAAAUCUUUGGACUCAGAUCUUGAAAUUGCAAAUGACCCUGACAAAAUAAAGAUGCAGCUUGCACAGCAUAAGGAAUUCCAGAAAUCUCUGGGUGCCAAACAUUCUGUAUAUGAUACCACAAAUAGGACUGGACGCUCCUUGAAAGAGAAAACCACCUUGGCUGAUGACAAUUUGAAACUUGAUGAUAUGCUCAGUGAACUAAGGGAUAAGUGGGAUACAAUUUGUGGAAAAUCAGUGGAAAGACAAAAUAAAUUGGAGGAAGCCCUGCUAUUUUCAGGACAAUUUACUGAUGCUCUGCAAGCUCUCAUUGACUGGUUAUACAAAAUUGAACCUCAGCUAGCAGAAGAUCAGCCAGUACACGGAGACAUUGAUUUAGUGAUGAACCUGAUCGACAAUCACAAGGUUUUCCAGAAGGAGCUGGGAAAAAGAACAAGCAGUGUCCAGGCUCUGAAGCGUUCUGCCAGAGAGCUGAUAGAAGGCAGUCGUGAUGAUUCUUCCUGGGUCAAAGUCCAAAUGCAGGAGCUAAGCACUCGCUGGGAGACAGUUUGUGCCCUGUCAGUGUCCAAGCAAACACGACUGGAACAGGCUCUUCGGCAGGCAGAAGAAUUCCACUCUGUUGUCCAUGUGCUUUUGGAGUGGCUGGCAGAGGCGGAGCAGGCUCUUCGUUUCCAUGGGGUCCUUCCAGAUGAUGAAGAGGCCUUGCGUACACUGAUAGACCAACACAAGGAAUUUAUGAAGAAACUUGAAGAGAAAAAGGCAGAACUGAAUAAAGCAACAAGUAUGGGAGAAGCUAUCCUAGCUAUCUGCCACCCAGACUCCAUCACCACCAUUAAACACUGGAUAACAAUCAUCAGAGCCAGGUUUGAAGAGGUCUUAGCAUGGGCUAAACAACAUCAACAGAGACUGUCAGGAGCUCUGGCUGGACUUAUUGCUAACCAGGAAUUGCUGGAAGCCUUGCUGUCCUGGUUGCAGUGGGCAGAGACUACACUUACUGAAAAAGAUAAAGAGGUUAUCCCCCAGGAGAUUGAAGAAGUUAAAGCACUUAUAGCCGAACAUCAGACAUUCAUGGAGGAAAUGACCAGAAAACAGCCUGAUGUGGACAAAGUUACAAAGACCUAUAAAAGAAAGGCACUUGAACCCACUCCAGUGCAGUCUCAUAUUCCUGUCCUUGAUAAGGGGAGAGCAGGAAGGAAGCGUUCCCCAACACCAGGCAUAUAUCCAUCAGCAGCCCAGGCACAAAUCGAAACCAAGAAUCCACGGGUAAACCUUUUAGUCAGCAAAUGGCAGCAAGUCUGGCUUCUGGCCUUGGAAAGAAGAAGAAAACUUAAUGAUGCUUUGGACAGGCUUGAAGAGCUGAGAGAAUUUGCCAACUUUGAUUUUGAUAUUUGGAGGAAAAAAUACAUGCGAUGGAUGAACCAUAAAAAGUCUCGUGUGAUGGACUUCUUCAGGAGGAUUGAUAAAGAUCAGGAUGGAAAGAUAACAAGACAGGAAUUUAUCGAUGGAAUUCUUUCUUCAAAAUUCCCAACAAGCCGACUUGAAAUGAGUGCUGUUGCAGACAUUUUUGAUAGAGAUGGUGAUGGGUAUAUUGACUAUUAUGAAUUUGUAGCAGCUCUUCAUCCAAACAAGGAUGCAUACAAGCCUCUCACAGAUGCUGACAAAAUUGAAGAUGAGGUUACAAGGCAGGUAGCUAAAUGUAAAUGUGCAAAACGAUUUCAAGUGGAACAGAUUGGGGAUAACAAGUACAGGUUCUUCCUGGGAAAUCAGUUUGGUGACUCUCAACAACUGCGCCUUGUUCGUAUCCUAAGAAGCACAGUCAUGGUUCGUGUUGGAGGUGGCUGGAUGGCACUCGAUGAGUUCUUGGUGAAAAAUGAUCCUUGCAGGGCUAAAGGGAGGACGAAUAUGGAGCUGCGUGAAAAGUUCAUUUUGGCAGAUGGUGCCAGUCAGAGCAUGGCAGCUUUCCGACCAAGGGGCCGUAGAUCACGACCCUCUUCAAGGGGUGCUUCUCCCAACAGAUCUACUUCUCUGUCAAGUCAAGCUGGCCAGGCAGCUGCCCCACAAGCAGUUGCUACAAGCACGCCAAAGGGAACACCAAUUCAAGGAAGUAAACUCAGAAUGCCAGGAUAUCUAUCAGGGAAGGGUUUCCACUCUGGAGAAGACAGUGGCAUCCUGUCAACAGCAGCCACCAGAGUUAGAGCUCAGUUUGCAGAAACCAGAAGAACUCCAAGCAGGCCUGGAAGCCGAGCAGGAAGCAAGGCUGGCAGCAGGUCAAGUAGCCGCCGAGGCAGUGACGCAUCUGACUUUGACAUUUCAGAAAUCCAGUCAGUGUGCUCAGAUAUGUCAGAGACUGUUCCUGCUACAAGUAGAGCGACACCCCGAGCAGGUUCUCGGCCAGGAUCAGCCAAGCCUUCUAAAAUUCCAACUCCCCAGAGAAGGCCACUAGCCAGCAAAUUGGACAAGUCCUUGAAGAGAUAAUAUGAUUGGCUCCAUAAAGGUCUUUUACUUUUGCAUUAAGUAUUUAAGUUCAUAAGAUGUAAAAUAUUAUGUAGAAAUUAUUGUGAAAUAUCGCAAGAGGUGGAUUUUUAAUUCUGCGGAUGGCCUUAUUUGUGUAUUUGUCUUCUUAUUUUAUGUGUAUAAUUUUUGUCAGAUUUGUUUUUGUUUAUGCCGUAUCCUGUGAGAAGGGGCAAGAGUUUUAAUGUAAACUAACAGUUGUACACAGUAAUGUGUAGAAAGUACACUAAAAAAUAGUUGCCGAAUGUACAGUGUACUGAAUGUACAGUAAGUCUCUGCAACCUGAAUAAAAUAGACCUGUCACUAUGUCAUUAGUUAACGGUAAAGGAUACCUCAUGAUUUUUCUUCAAAAAAAGAAAAAGCGGAUACUAAAAAGCCAAAAGACACAAUUACACAUUUUGAGCUAACUAAACAAACACUAAAGGACAUAUGUCAGAACUACUAAGGAAUACAAACCCACAUUCACAGUUCCCUUAUUUAUACAGCAUCUCUCAGAGAACUCACAGAGGUAAUUAAGCACCCGCCAGUAAUAUGAUAGAUACUCCAAUACCUUGCAGCAUUUCUGUGCCAUUGCUUUCGAUGAGGCCAGACACAUUCUGGAUAUCUGAACUAUUAUUCUGUAAGAAUAUAAGUAUAAAGUGCAUUCAUGUAAAUGUGAGGUUUUCUUUUGCUUGAGUGGAUGGUAGCACUGUAUCAUUGAACUCAUUUUGUAUCAAAGCAAUUUUGCUUGCAGAAAGCUCCAAAAUAAACAUGUUCCUUAACUUUAUUUCUAUUGUAUUUCUUAUUUCACAGGAAGAUAAUUUUCUGCAUUAUGUUUUAGGGCAUAUAUCAUUUCAGAUGACUAAUAAUUACCAUAGUAACAUAGGCUUUAAUGUAAUUUCCCAUCAUCAGCAAUUAGAUUUUGGGUAGCUACUGUAUUUGUUUAAUAAAACACUAAAUUGCACAUAUCA